UCAGACAGUGAGAGGAAGGCCCAGAUAACGCUUGGUCUUGCAUUCUCUCUCUCUCUCUCUCUCUCUCUCUCUCUCUCUCACUAGGUAGGAGAAGGAGGGCAAGGCGAGCGGGCCCCUUUCUUUCUUGCUCUCUUUGCUGGUUUGCUUGUUGCUAGUCGUAAAUUUCCCUUCUUUCUUCUGAUUCAGGCUACCCCACGUGCUCUCUCUCUGUGAUUCAUCGAUAACCCCACUUUCUUCCCUCUCUUAGCUUUCCCAGCCUUAUUUAUUGUACUCAUUUGCCCACCCACUGUCACCAACCAUUUCCCAGUCCUUGAUCCCAUUUCUCUCUCCCUCUCUCCCUCUCUUUCUCCUUUACUCCGUGUCGCUUUGUCUUCUUUCCCAAGUGGGUAGAUCUCUGAAAUUAAGCGGGGGUUUUUCAGAUUCGAAGCGAGUUCCAGUUGAUUUCGACUGUUGGGAUUUAAGCAUUCGAGUCGGUGCAGCCAUUGCAAUAUUUGAUCCUCACACAAAUCUGUGAUUGAGGGCACGAGGAGGUCCUCUUCCGGUUCUGGGUUUAGGACUGCAUAACAUUUGCGGAGUGAAAAAUGUUGAAUAAGAUGGUUUAAAGGCCAGAAAAUCAUACAUUAGGUCGUUUGAUAAAAGAAAAAAUGCCCAAGAUGAUCAGCAAACCGCUGUUGCUGACUUAUUUUUACCUGUUCAUCUACAUUCUGCUUUCGUCCGGCGUUAUAUUGUACAACAAGUGGGUUCUGUCUCCAAAAUACUUCAAUUUUCCAUUACCCAUCACUACAAUGAUUCAUAUGGGAUUUUCUGGACUAGUAGCAUUUUUACUUGUUCGUGUUUUCAAGGUUGUAGCUCCUGUCAAAAUGACAUUUGAAAUAUAUGCAACAUGUGUAAUUCCAAUCAGUGCGUUCUUUGCAUCAAGUCUUUGGUUUGGAAACACUGCUUACUUGCAUAUUUCAGUGGCGUUCAUCCAAAUGCUUAAAGCUCUAAUGCCAGUGGCUACUUUUAUCAUGGCUGUAUUGUGUGGCACUGACAAACCAAGGUGCGAUGUGUUCACAAACAUGUUGCUGGUCAGUGUUGGAGUUGUCAUUUCCUCAUACGGGGAGAUUCAUUUUAAUGUAGUUGGUACAGUGUACCAGGUUACGGGCAUCUUUGCAGAAGCUCUUAGACUGGUCUUAACACAAGUCCUUCUACAGAAGAAGGGCUUGACUCUAAAUCCAAUCACCAGUUUGUACUAUAUCGCCCCAUGCAGUUUUGUCUUCCUGUUUGUGCCUUGGUUGUUACUUGAGAAGUCUGCAAUAGAAUAUUCACAGUUUCAGUUCAACUUCUGGAUCUUUUUCUCCAAUGCUCUUUGUGCUUUGGCUUUGAACUUCUCCAUAUUCUUAGUAAUUGGUAGAACUGGAGCAGUUACCAUCCGGGUUGCUGGUGUUCUGAAAGACUGGAUAUUGAUUGCCCUUUCAACUGUUAUAUUUCCAGAGUCUAUUAUAACCAGGCUGAACAUAAUCGGUUAUGCCAUAGGGCUGUGUGGUGUUGUCAUGUACAAUUACAUAAAGGUCAAGGAUGUUCGUGCAUCUCAGCUACCUUCUGAAAGCAUUCCUGAGAGAAUUUCGAAGGAUUGGAAGAUGGAGAAAAAGUCCUCUGAUAUUUUUAUCCCUGGAGGGGCUGGUUCAGCCUCUGAUGAUGUUGAUGAAGAAACACCCUUAACUCAAUCAACAAGGUUGUCUCACAUUGGACGAACACAGGCUGGCAACUAUGCCGCAUGAUUCACGAACUCGCGUGUAGAUUGAUGUUUGGAAAAGGAAAGUCCAGAAACGGAGUAUGCAGAUUCUUUUCAAACUCUAGACCCUUAAUUCUUUCCAGGGAACAGACUUUAAAGCGCUGAACCACGGGGGCAGUUCGUUGUAUUACUUUCGGUUUUAGGAAGUGAAUGCAUGAUUUGCCGGUUGAAUUUUGUAGAUGGUAGCUUAUGACCCAUGGUCAUCGGGUGAACAAGCUCACCAUUAAUUUGUCAAGAGCCUUGACGAAUUACGCAUUUCUCCUUGUUAUAUGUAGUCCAGGUAGUAAUGGAGAAACCCAAAGUUUAUCAUGCGGCGGUCUGUCUGUUCUCUGUAUUUUUUCUGUUGCUGGAGUUUUGUGGUUAGAACAUGAGCUCUGAUUCAUGAGUAGUCUCAGAUGUUACGAAUUGAUUCUCAAUUGCGAGUUAUAUUUUUUUGGAUAAACUGCUACUUA